AUGCCGCUCUGUCUCACCUUCAUCGACUUAAAGAAGGCUUUCGACUCGGUUGAGACGGAAGCGGUCGUGGAAGCCUUGGACAACCAAGGCGUCCCUACUCAGUAUAUAAAGGUACUUCGAGAGUUGUACAGUAACUUCACGACCGGAAUUUCGCCAUUCUACAAGAACAUCAUCAUUGACGUGAAGAGGGGGGUCCGACAGAGUGAUACAAUUUCACCCAAAAUAUUCACAGCCACCCUCGAGAACGCAAUGCGAAAGUUGGAAUGGGACGACAUGGGAGUGAAGGUUGAUGGUCGGCAGCUACACCAUUUGCGCUUUGCUGAUGACAUCGUAUUGGUAACACCUAGCAUCAGCCAAGCGGAACGAAUGCUGACCGAAUUCGACGAAACAUGUGGAUGCAUCGGUCUUCAGCUGAAUCUACAAAAGACGAUGUUCAUGCGGAACGGAUGGGUCUCGGAUGCCCCAUUCACGCUCAACGGAACGAACAUAUCCGAGUGCACCAGCUACGUUUAUCUGGGUCGGGAACUGAACAUGAUGAACGACCUGACCCCCGAGCUGGGCAGGAGGAGACGAGCGGCUUGGGGAGCGUACAAGAGCAUCGAGGAUGUAGUGAAGAAGACCAGGAACACCCGGCUCCGUGCUCACCUCUUCAACACCACCGUACUUCCUGUUUUGACCUAUGCUUCGGAAACCUGGGCAUUUCGCAAGCAGGAAGAAAACGCGGUGAGCGUCAUUGAACGCGCAAUUGAGAGAGUGAUGCUAGGAGUAUCCCGUUUCACGCAAGUGAGGGACGGGAUUCGAAGUUCUCUCCUACGUCAGCGAUCGAAGAUUAGAGACGCCGCCGCGUUUGCUAAGGAAAGUAAAAUAAGGUGGGCCGGACACGUGAUGCGCUUUGAUGACAACCGUUGGACCAGAGCCGUGAGCGACUGGGUUCCCCACGAUAUUAAGCGCACUAAAGGAAGACCACCGACCCGAUGGUCAGAUUUCUUCACGAAGUCCUUGAAAGAAGAAUAUGAUGCUCUUCGUGUCCCACGCGAAAGGAGGAACCACUGGGCUACUCUGGCACGCGAUCGGGACAAAUGGAAGAAUUACUGGCGCCCGCUCGACCAGUUCGAAGAUCAACGGGAGUCAAGGUGA